UGACAGCGGUGAUGAUAACACAAAUACUUCAAAAUAUAAAAUGACAGAUAACAGUGUUUAUUUAAUCAAGCAGCGAAUAGCAGGCAUAAACAAGUGAACUUAGUUGCGUUAAUAAUUACAAAGUUCAAAUUGAUUUAAAUUUUCUAUAAAUUCCUUCACACAUAUUUGAAAAGUAGUUCAUCCGAAAGUAUCAAAGCUGAGUAAGUAAGACAAUGCGGCCAAUACUUUACAAACAGAACGCCAGUCCUCCUGCAAGAGCUGUUAUGAUGGUUAUAGAUAUUUUAGGAAUAGAUGUGGACUUACAAGACUUAAAUCCAGUAUUUAGGGAACAAGAUGCACCAGAAUUCAAAAAGAAAAACCCAAUGAGAACCAUUCCGAUAUACGACGAAGGUGAUUUCUGGAUGGCUGAUAGUCAUGCGAUAAUAAUUUAUCUUAUAGAGAAAUAUGGUAAGCCUCAGCAUUCCCACUUGUAUCCAGCUGAUCCCAGAAAGCGCGCAGUGAUCAACCAGAGACUAUUUUUCGACUGUGGAGUUUUGUUUCCAAGACUUAGAUCCGUCAUGGCACCAACAUACAUGCAAAGAUUGGGGGAAAUGUCUAAAAGCAUGAUCAGGAACAUAAACGAUGCUUACUCAAUGCUAGAAGAUUAUUUAUCUGAGAAUCUGUACAUGGCUGACAACGUGAUUACUAUUGCAGACAUUAGUGUUGUUUCCACGAUAGGAACGCUAUGUGGAUUGGUCCCGAUUGAUGGGAACAAAUAUCCAAAACUAAAUAAAUGGCUGCAAAACAUGAACGAACAAGAAUACUGUAAGAAGAUUAACAUACCCGGGGGUUUAGAACAUUCGGAUGGCCUGAAGAUCUUGAUGGAGAUGAAUAAACACAACCAGGCUCAAGCCAAAGCUAAAUCCAAGCUAUGAAGUGAUCACACAAGACUGGUUUUUAAUACUCGAAGUAGAAUUUAAAUGAGACUUAAAUGUAAGUAUGGAGUGGUGUUUGAUUAUUUGGAAUAUGGGAUUUGAUAGCAUCACAUUUUCAACGUUUUAGGAAAAAAGCUAGCUCUAUAAUGUAAUUAAAAAAUGUGGUUAAGUAUUUCUUGUUUAAAUGAGAUUAUAAUUCUAUUUUGUUACUACUUUGGUGAUGUUUCUAGUGUAUGUAAGGGAAUAAAACAAAAUGCAGUAUAAGAAU